CCUUCAUGGAGUGUAGAGUAAAUUGAAGGCAUGUCAAUAUGAAUAAAUAAUUCUAGGUUAAUAGUAGAAUAAGAAUUAAACCAAAAAGAAAAUGUAUUUUCUACGUCUUUACACAUUUCCCUUAAUUAAAAAAAAAUUAAAAACAUUCACAAAAACCUAUCGAUACUUUACCAAUACAAGUUUUGAAUCGAAAAUCAAAUUCGAUUCAAAACCACUGCAAAAUUUUUUAAAAAGUUUACAAACCGAAUUCGAUCAAUUAAAUAACGAUACAAAAUUAAAUAAAAAUCAUGUAAAUCGUUUAAAUUAUUUACGACCAAUCGUAAAAAUAAUCGAUGAACAUACGCAAAUCAUAGACAAUAAAAAAAGUUUAGCGGAGAUGUUAAGUGAAGCGAAUGACGAGCUUAAAAAGCUCAUUAAACAAGAGGAUGAAAUUUAUACAAGAGAAAUAACUGAAUUGGAGCUUAAAUUACGCGAUGCUUUGUUACAGGAUAACGAUCCUACUGAAAGGAUUUUAUUUGAAAUUACAGCGGGUGUUGGCGGACAAGAAGCCAUGCUUUUUGCACGAGAUUUAUAUCAAAUGUAUUUGAAUUAUAUCAAUUAUAAAGGUUGGGAUUAUACAAUCGCCGAUUUAGAUAAUUCCGAAAUUGGUGGAAUUCGACAUGCGAGUCUUUUGGUUAAUGGAAAUGAGGUGUAUUCGUAUUUAAGUAUAGAAGCUGGUGUACAUCGGGUACAACGUGUUCCAGCUACUGAACGAUCUGGAAGGGUGCAUACAAGUACAGUAACAGUGGUUGCGAUACCUCAACCAGAUGAGGUUGAAAUCAACAUUAAACCGACUGAUUUACGGAUUGAAACAAAACGUGCAAGUGGGGCAGGAGGUCAACAUGUAAAUACAACCGACAGUGCUGUACGAAUUGUUCACAUUCCAAGCGGUAUCAGUGUUGAAAGUCAAUCGGAACGUUCACAAAUUAAAAAUAAAGAGAUUGCAUUGGAACGCUUGAAAUUUAAACUGUAUCAAUUGGAACUCGAUAAACAUACCGAACAAAGUGAUCAAGUACGAAAAUCACAAGUACGUUCGAGUUUACGCAGCGAAAAAGUCCGAACUUAUAACUAUAAGGAACAUCGGAUUUCAGAGCAUCGUACACAUGAUAAUAUUUAUAAUUUGGAUGAGUUUCUGGAAGGUCAACAAAUUUUAAACGAUUUAAUCGAAAAAUUACGUUAUUUUCGACAGAGUAAUUUUAUUUUAGAGGGCCUAGCAAAUAUUUAUAUUUAUAAAUAA